AUGGCGGCUAGGCCGCGGAGGCAUCGCUCGCGCUUUGCAAAGCAGCCGCGGGGUGACUUUUGUGAUGGCGCUAAGAAGACGAUUGAUGAACCUUCUCUUACGACUUCCAUGGAGUGGGACACGCAGGUGGUGAAAGGGUCUUCGCCACUCGGCCCCGCCGGGCUGGGGCCGGAGGAGCCGUCCGGCCCGCGGCUGCCAUGGUGGCUGCAGCCCGAGAGAUGCGCUGUGUUCCAGUGUGCGCAGUGCCACGUCGUGCUCGCUGACUCUGUGCACCUCGCCUGGAACCUGUCGCGGUCCCUUGCAGCCGUGGUCUUCUCCAGAGUCACAAAUAAUGUAGUUUUGGAGGCUCCCUUCCUAGUUGGCAUUGACGGUUCGCUCAAAGGCAGCACGUACAACCUUUUAUUCUGUAGUUCCUGUGAGAUUCCCAUUGGUUUCCAUCUGUAUUCUACUCAUGCUGCCCUUGCUGCCUUGAGAGGUCACUUCUGCCUUUCCACUGACAAAAUGGUGUGCUACCUCUUAAAAACAAAAGCCAUAGUAAACGCAUCUGAGAUGGAUAUUCACAACGUAUCUCUACCAGAAAAAGUUGCAGAGCUGAAAGAGAAGAUAAUGUUAACGCAUACUCGCUUAAAUUCACUCAUCAAGAUUCUGAAGGAAGGGACUCCUGACCAGUCCAAGCCAACAAACUGA